AUGCGCAUUGUUAUUGGUGGCAGCUUACUGGCCAUCGCUGCCCUGGCUUACAUUGUGUAUCAACGAUACUUGCACCCCCUCGCGAAGUAUCCUGGGCCUUUCCUGGCAAGCCUCACGGACCUGUGGCAGGKGAAUCAGUUCUUAUCAUUACAACAACCAUACAAUUUGACCAAACUGCACAUGAAGUAUGGUCCAAUUGUCCGAUAUGGACCUGAUAAACUCAGCAUUACCCACGAGAGUGCGAUUCCGGUCAUAUACCAGAAAAGUGCCAGGCUCAUGCCCAAGACGGAGUUUUAUGAUGCGUAUGGAGCUGCGCAUCCCAAUGUCUUUGGUAUGCGAGAUGAAGCUGUGCACUCCGUUCGUCGGCGACAUAUGUCACAUAGUUUCUCCAUGAGCUACAUUAAAGACAUGGAGAAUUAUCUCGAUGAGAACAUUCAGAUACUAAAAGAUAAGAUCCAAUCCCACAUUGACCGCAAUGAGAUAUUCGAUCUUAAAAAAGUAUUGCACUAUUAUGUGAUAGAUGUGCUAGGCGAGCUAGCAUUUAGCCAAUCUUUCGGUGUGCAACAGUCGGAUGAUGAAUCCCUUGUGCCUCCCGUUGUCGAGCACAGCCUUCUCGCCGCAGUUACCGGUUCGUGGCCAAUGAUGACAAUGACGUUGAAAAAGUGGCUUCCAUAUGUACCACAUGCUGGACUCAAAAGGCUCUUUGCGGGCCGGAAAGCUUGUGCAGACCUUGCGUCGGUAUCUAUUGAUAGGCGACUCGCUGAUCUCUCUGCUGCCCAAAGCUCCGACAGCAAAGCUGAAAGAAAGGACAUAUUGACCAACUUGAUCAAAGCCAAGGACCCCGAGACGGGAGAAAAACUUACUCCGGAUGAUUUGAAAACAGAAGCGUUUGGUUUCAUUAUUGCAGGAACUCAUACGACAAGUGCUACUUCGACAUUGCUCUUCUAUCAUUUACUACACAAUCCCGAGUACUUGGAAAAGUGUGUCCAUGAAAUUGACUCCAAUUUGCCUCCCCUCAACCCCGGUGAGGCAGCUUAUCCGGUUACUAGCGUUGAGACAUCGCUUCCUUUCCUACGUAACUGCAUGCGGGAAAACUUUCGAAUCACUCCAGUAUUUACCAUGCCAUUGGCACGUCGCGUCAUGGAUCCGGCGGGCGUGACUAUUGAAGGGUCCCAUAUCCCCUACGGAACAUCUCUCGCGGUAUGCAACCAUGCAUUCCACCAUAAUCCAGCCGUGUGGGGCAAAGACCACAACAUCUUCGACCCUACGCGAUGGGAAGAUCCGUCCAUUGCCGCAAAAUCUCGUCUUUUGAUGCAUUUCGGUCUCGGGGGACGACAAUGUAUUGGCAAAACAGUAGCUACAACCAACAUAUACAAGCUUUUGAGUACACUCCUGAGAGAAUUCGACUUUGAUUUGGCGAGCGAGCAGGAGCGGGCAGAUGUAGCUAAAGGGUUGUACAAGGGAAAAAUUCCGGAUAUGUUCAGCGUUGGGAUUAGUGACUUGAAGGGUCCUUUGCUGGUAACUGCUCGGAAUCGAUAA